ACAUAGUUCAAGACCUUUUAUUCCAAUAACCUCCCAAGCACACGAAAAUCUCUGUUAAACCAGUAUAAAUGGCUCUCUCAAUACGUAUACUUCUUAGGGAUUUCGAAGUGAGUAACAUUGGAUAGACUGAGCAUUUGACUCGCUACGAAUAAAAUACCUACUCGGCAUGUUUACGUAAGUCGUGAAUAAAUAAUUGGCGCUUGUGAUCUGAAGAAUGGCGUUCUACGUGUGGUCCAUCUUUAUCAUUCUGUAUCAAACCAUCUUGUGCGUGGUCUUCACCUGGUUGACGCUAGAGUGCAAGCUAGCUCCGGAGCCAUCGGAACCGCGUGAGCUCACACUCAUCAAGAUGCUGUACCUGUUUGAGCCGGGGAGCUGCCAGCGGCACUACUACUACAAUUAUUCCGUGUUGGUCGACAACAAGCGAACUCUGUCCAACAUACUCUGGAUGGAGACUAAUUGGGUGGCUGCAUCUUUCAGAAACAAGAUGAAGCUAUGGGUGAGCCUCCACAUAUGCUGGCUAGGGCUGGCGCUCCUCAACGUAAGCCUCGGGCGCCGUCCGUGCGGGUUCUACGCGAUACUGCUGCCUCUCACAGGAAUCGGCAUAACUCUGCUGGUCGUAGACUUGGCCCAUGCUGCGUUGUUCAUGCUUGACGCCGUCCACACGCGGACUGAAGGACAAAUCUGGGACUACAUCGGGACCGAACACCAGAUCAAGAUAAUCCCCCCUCUACCCCAGUACGUGUUCGUGGUGGAAGAAGCAGACACCUCCUGGGUGUCCCUCCUCUUCGCUUACGGGAGCCUGAGGGGCAUCGUGCAGUGGAUCGUCAACUUCUGGAUCGUGCAGGAUAACUAUUUUGAUGGGCUGCAUUAUUAUCGGGAGUUAAGCUUGCAAGAGGCAAAUAAGCGAAGAAGUUAUUAACUAAAAAGCAGAUACUGACAAAUACUACGAGUAUAUGAAACCAU